AUGAUUGGAGGAGAGAAUAUUACUGGACAAAAUUUGAGAGCUUUAUAUGAAUUUGUGGAUGUAUUAGCUAAUUAUUUCCCUCAUCGUACAAUCCAUCCUCAACCUAGAGAGACAGAAUUUAAUGGUUCUCAAAAUUCUAGAGAAAUUAAUGAAUUUAAUGAAAAAGAUAAUAUUGAGUUUUUAAAUGCUAGCAGUCGAGCUCGUGUUGUUUUUAGGUUGUUUAUUUAA